ACGUGUCUGUGAGAGCAAUUCACAAUUGAUUCAUAAUUGAAAGUGUUACUUUUUAUUACAUCAUCUCACCGGAAUUCAUCCUAUCAGAGAAAAUGGUUAAUCGACGCUUCACUCAGGUAGCCACCAGCGACGAGGAAGACGAAACCCCACCUCAACACUCCAAGCUACGGAAACGCAAGAGGAUGAAGCUUCUAGACGAGGAAGAAGACAACGACGACGAUAACAACAACAACAACAACGAUAAUGAAAAGGAGAAAUCGGAUACGCCUCAGACUCCAGAUGAUGCAAAGCCAAUUGGUGAUCCACUUAGGGUUUCGGGUAAAGGAAGAGGAAGGAAGAGACAUUACGAAUCCUUCGAAUUCGAUGGAAACCAAUACACUCUCGAGGAUCCUGUUCUUCUUGUGCCUGAGGAUAAAGAACAAAAGCCAUAUGUCGCUAUAAUUAAGGACAUUAUACUUAACUAUAGUGGCAGCAUAAUGGUGCUUGGGCAGUGGUUUUAUCGUCCGGAAGAAGCUGAAAAAAAAGGCGGUGGAAGUUGGCAAUCACGUGAUACAAGGGAGCUUUUUUAUAGUUUCCACCGUGAUGAGGUUCCUGCAGAGUCUGUUAUGCAUAAGUGUGUGGUGCAUUUUGUUCCUUUGAACAAACAGUUUCCGAAACGUAAGCAACAUCCUGGCUUUAUUGUACAAAAGGUGUACGACACUGUGGAAAAGAAACUUUGGAAGCUGACUGAUAAGGACUAUGAGGAUGUAAAACAGCAAGAAAUUGAUGAGCUUGUUCAAAAAACUUGUAAACGGAUUGGGGAGCUACUAGACGUUGAGCCUGAAGAUGCCCCUCCUGCUGACCAGGAGGACGUGAUGAAAAAUAAAAGAAACUUAAGGAGAAAGAGCAUUUCGCCCAUUGAUGUUUCAAGGGAGGAGGAAGGAGUUGCUAAGAGUGACCAAAAUUCAAAGCCUGAAACACCCGGGAGUUGUGUUAAUAAUGACUCAGAGCAUCAUCGCAUAUUAGUGAAUUUUAAUGUAUUAACCGGAAACAUUCACCGCGACAAAUGGUUGGAGAGGUUGCUUCAACACGUUCAGUACAUGUGUAAUUACGAUGAUAGUAUCGAAAGGGAAAAGGGAUCAGGAAAUGCCGAUUCUGAUGAAAACAAGAAUAAAAGCAAUGAUAAAACUUCAGAAAUAGCAAAUGACUCUCAGGACAAGGGUCAGAAGAGUUCCGAGUCUUUUGUGUGGCCAGAUGCUGCUGUUCCAGCUAUAGUUGCUCUUGAAAAAGCUUCACAUGAAGCUCUUUCGACAGAUUUUCAGAAGUAUAACCAAAAGUUGCGGCAAUUAAAUUUUAAUCUCAAGAACAAUGCAUUGUUAGCACGCCGUCUGUUAAAUGGAGAGUUGAAACCUUCAAAAAUUUUGAAUAUGACACCCACUGAAUUAAAGGAGGGUUUGACUGCUGAGGAAAUAACCAGGAAGGAGCCUGAUGAGUCACAGCACAUGCAAAUGACAGAUGCCCGCUGCUCACGAUGCAUGGAGUUUAAGGUGGGAUUGAGGGAGAUUAUCCAUGCUGGGCAUGAUGACCGUUAUCAGCUGGAAUGUGUUGCCUGUGGCAAUUCCUGGUAUGCCUCCCGGGAUGAGGUGUCUACGCUGACCAUAGAUGCAUCGGAAUCAAAGAGAAGCAUAGGCACAGCGCCAUGGGCCACUGCAAAAUUUGAAGAUGUUCAGAAGAAGCUGGUGAGCCCCCGUGAUUCUGAAAACUCAGCUGACGACAUUUCUAGGAAAACAGGCGAACCAUCUAUGCCUGUUUUGGAUUCCCAGAAAUCAUUUGGCAAGGCCAAGAAAGAUGACAAUGUUGAGGCCAAAAAACACGCUGAUUAGAAAUGCUCUAUGCUGUGGUCUUUAGACGUUGCAAAAUAUUUAUGUUGGGGUUCUGAAAGCAGCAAAAUAUUGUGUAUGUAGAGUUCUCUUUGUGUUUGAUCAUAUAUGUAGACAGUGAGCUUUUGGUCAUAAAGGGAGUGGUCAUGACAUCGCCGGCUUCACUGCAGUAAACUUAUUUGAUUUUACUUUGACUCUGUAAUUGUAAACCUUUUAAAAUCAUUAAUAAACAAAAUGUAGAAUAUUUCAUUUGAUAAAAGUCAGUUCCUUUUGAUU